CCAUCCCUCUCUCACCCACUCGUUCCCUUUUUCCCUUCCCUGUUUUUUCUUCUUCUUCUUCUUCGUCUUUCUUCCUCACAUGCGAUUGCAUUGUUGUAUUUAAGGCCUAACACGAUAUUCAGUGAAAUAUAUAUAUUUAUUUAUUUAUCUCUCUCUCUCUAUAUAUAUAUAUAUAAGGCACAGAAGCGAUGUCGAAUCCAGCCUUGUUGCUCUGUCCCAUUCAUAAAAAAUAUAACAUAAUAUCGGGGUGUGUUAAUGAGUGCGUACAGCAGGGGCGGAAUUGAGAGGGAGAAGGAGGAGAAGGAGGAGAAGAAGGAGAAGGAGCGUCUGGGAAAAAAAAAAUAAUAAUUGCAACAAUUAAAAUUCAGUGUGAUUUGAAAAUGACGGAAAGAAGCGGCUGUGCAUGCAUUACAUGCACAUGUCGAGCUGCGGUGCUGAAUUAUUCAGCCGAUUGGCGAGGGCAGAGGGCAGUUUUCUUUUUUCUUUUGCAAGAAUGCCGGGGCCUCUGAUGGCGAAUGGUGUCCGUGUUCGUGCAGUGGUGAUGACACGUGAUGACUCCAGUGGCGGUUGGGUGCCCCUUGGAGGUGGUGGCCUCAGUCAUGUGGUCAUAUGUAAAGGGAGGAGUCAUGACGGCAGGGGGCAGAGAGAAUACAUCAUACGUGGAGAACGCCUGCGAGAUCGAGCACCGGUGUUGGAGUGUGCGGUGCAACGGGGGUUAGUGUACAACAAGGUGAACCCCAUCUUCCAUCACUGGCGGGUACAGGAUCGAAAGUUUGGCCUUACGUUCCAGAGUCCUGCCGAUGCCAUCUCCUUCGAGAAAGGGCUGCAGACUGUCAUAGACAAGCUCGACAGAGGUUCUGACUCGCCUUCAUCCUCCACGCCAGAAGAGGCUGACACCGAGGAUGACGGACAAGCUUCCCAUACAGGAAGUGAGUCGUCAUCCAACAGCAGAAAGGAGAUGCUUCCCAAACCCAUCACCAUAGUGACGAGCGAGUCGUCGUCUACCUGCUUUGUGCGGCCGGAGGAGUUUAGUUUUGGAUCCAGCCAUGCUGGCACCACUCAGACACCUGCUCAGAUCCACACCAGGCCAGGACAGCACCAGCUUUCACCAAUGACGCCUGUGUUGAAUCCCCCAGCGCCCCCACCCCCACCUCCUGCACCACCUACUCCUCCUGUGGGUCCUCCAGCUUCAUCUCCUCUGUCCCCCCUCUCACCCACCAUUUCUCUGCUGGAGCAAGGUGUGGACCCUGGCAAAGAUCUAUGGGGUUCUCGAGGUUAUGGGGAUUACCGAAGAGUCGGGGGGCUGACAGGGGGUGUGGUUGUUGGAGGUGGAGGGAGUGUGCAGGACAAGUCGGAGCUGUGCGUGCAUGUGCGCUUUGAGAAGGAGUUGGCAGGAGUGGGGACGGCGGGCUGUGAUGUGACAGUGAGCCUGGACAGUAAAGCUUCCCAGCGUCUGUCCUCGUCGUCGCCCACCUGUAUAUCCAACGCUGUGUCAGGCGUGUCCUCAGGUGCCGGCUCACCCCAGGAGACGGGCAAAGGCGACCCAGGGGUAAUCUCCCCCGAUGACGACAGCCCGUGUCCUCAGGCUUCGUCGUCAUGCUCAUCUCGCUGUGUGUACUGCCGCUCUGUUUUCAGCGCUUCGGAGAAUGGGCGGGGCCGCUGCAGAGAUGCCCCAGACCCAGCCCUGCACUGCCUGCGCCAGUGGACCUGUGUGUGGUGUGCAGAGAGUCUGCUCUACCACUGCAUGUCAGACUCUGAGGGGGAGUUCUGGGAGCCUUGCUCGUGUGAUGACUCGAUGGGGGGCCACCCGCACCCCCUUUGCUGUGCCCGCUGGUUGGCCCUCCUGGCCCUGUCGCUCUUCGUGCCCUGCAUGUGCUGCUACCUGCCUUUGCGCGCCUGCCUGCGGUGUGGGGAGAGGUGUGGCUGCUGUGGGGGAAAGCACAAGGCGGUCCGAUGAGGCCAGGCUAGGGGGUGGGAGGGGUUCUCUGGACCAUGGAGGUUUGGGUGUCGAGAGGGGAGAGCACCUGUAGGGACGCAGGAGACGGAGCUUAGCAGGUGGAACAGUGCUCUCAGUAGACCCAGACCUCAGACGUGACCCUCCAAAGCCCCGCGGCCUUCCACUGCAUUCCGCUCUUUCUCUUUUCAACCUGGGGCCUUCCUCACUGGUCCAUGCCUGCUGAAGGUGCAGUGCACUCAGACCAGGCUCUGUGGGAGUCAUCUGGAGCCUUCAAAGUGGAUUUACUGAGGUUUGGCUGAUCUAGAGUUAGCAUCAGAGACUUUAUCACAGGAAGAGAGUGGCAGAGGCAACGAUGAUGUGUACACUGUUUCAAAUGUCUGUUUGUUUUUUUUUUUAUUUAGAAAGAAAAACACAAAAAAACAAAAGAUGUUUAUAUAUAUGAUUGUUAUAAUUUUAAUUGGUAUAUUUUAUUAAAUGUAAAACAUAUUGACAGAAACCCCCAAACGGCACACACUAUCACAUACUCACAAACAUGAGAUCUUGGGGAAGUUAUUUGUUUCAUGUUGGCCUGUUUAUCAGUCAGAUGAACAGAUGUCACCCUUUACCUCUAAUUUUACCUCAAAUGUUACUGAAACCCUGGUUAGGAAGUGAGAAAGAGAAAAGGGGGGAGAGAAAGUGUGAUCAUCUGAGAGUGUUGUAAAGUAGUAGACCGCGGUGGGAGAGGAAGGCUAUCAAAUGCAAAGGGACAAUUAUUGUUAAGGGAAGUUGCAAUGACAACCACAAAGACUUAAAAGUCAUAAUGUGAUUCAUUAUGGUCCUUUGUAACCAAACACAAGAUUAUUUUUGUUUUCCAAUAUAAAAAAAGAGAAAGAAAUCAAGAACGUGUGUCAAACAUUAAACACCCUCACUUUACACAUUUUUUCCAUCUUUCCAUGUAUUUUCAAUAUUAAUCAUGGAAGACAUCACAUCCCACCACUGUACUUGUUUGAAUCAGUCAAGGUGCUUACAACUGAGGCCUCUGAGUGAGUCUAUUCUACCUAAUGUACACAACGACCUUACAGUCCCCCGACCCCAAAGAGAGACAAAAACAGGACCCCGCGUUAAACCGAUCUGUAGACGUGUCUAGGCCUUCGAAUGAGACGCCACCAAAAAAACUAAAAAGAACGAAAAGAAAAUAGAAGAAGUGCAAUGAACAAUGUAUUGAAGAGUAUUUUUGUACCAGUUUCUCCCGUUAAGAAACAGAAAUGGAAAAAGCGUCGGAACUGAACACUUGUAGUGCGUUAUCGUGUUCGAUAUCAAGCGGAUAAAAGAUAAAUAGGAAACACAAAGUUGUCUUUGAGCAGCAGCGCGUAGCUCACGGGUGUGACGUUUAAAUGUGCGUGCUGUAGACUGUUGACCCUGUGAAGAAAAAGAGACACAUUGACUUGAAAAAGAUUGACUGGCGGUCGGUAUUUGUUUGGGCACAGUGGCAGAUGUGUUUGCUGAAUGUUGCUUUAAGUAUGAAGUCAAAAAAAAAGAAGAAAAAAAGCUGCUAUUUUAAGUCCUGUCCUAACCCUAUUUAAACUUUCCCACUUAGCCUCUUAGCAAUCUAUGAGGGAGUGCGGCAGAGUCAAACAAUCCUUCAAGUAGUUCUUAUUCUACCCGAGGUGCUGAGGAUGCUAGAGAGGAGUGUGUGAGCAAGGUUUUUGUAAGUUUACAGCUGGGCUUAAAGAUAAAUUCACCCGAGACAUUUUUUAAAAAUGCUUCUGGUGAUGCACCCUGCAUUUCUGUGUCUAUUUUUGCUGAUUGGUGGUAUAUUUUUUUUCUACUUCCAGUGAAUAACUGGACAUGGGUAGAUUAAAAAAAGCUAUUUCCAUAACAGCUCCAACAGAUUUUAAAAAUCUUUAAAUGUCAAAAAAAUAUCGAUUUGUUUGUUUAAACCCCUGAAGAAUACCCUGUCCUUUUGUGCAGCCUCACACUUUGCAACAGUGUUUAACAAUUAUGCAAGGUGAGAUAUAUUAUCAAAGAGGUAGAGACAGCGGUUAAGAAAUGAGGCUCUAAUAUCUCUAAAAGUGUUGUUGUAGGUUGUUUUUCACCAAUUACUGAAUGCUGUUGUUGAAAAAUGUCCUAAAAAUGUAAGAAAUCAGAAAGCAGGGUAGACUUUGAUUGAGUA